AUGACAAAAGAUCCUAGUGAAGAGGUCCCAGCUUACAAUGAUGAAAGUGACAAUGAGAGUAUUAUAAGCAAUUCACCACUUCACAACGAAUUUGUAGGGGAGAUGAAGAUGGCUGAUGAAACCAAAGAAUAUUACUCUACGGAAUCUGUUAAUGAUGAAGAUGAUGACUACGUUUUUAGUUCGGAGUCUUCGUCUCGUGAUAGUUUCGAUAAUGAUAAUACUGUUGUAGAUGAUAGUAAGCUGAAGACAAAGAUAGAGUUUACUGAAUUCGAAAAGACUUACUUAAAAAUGAAUGACUCGGACAAAUGGAUUCUUUCUACGGAAAAGAUAGUAGAAGUUGUUCUAUACGAUUUUGGUAUUAAAUGCAGGCAUGAACAAUUACAUGAAUAUGAAGCGACAGAGGAUUUGGGAAUAUCGAUGGAUUGGAAACCGCAAGGUAGGGAAGAUAACACUAACCAUUCUUCUAUGAUAAGUGGUUCACAUCUUUUUUGCAUCAGGUCGGAGUCAUCUAGCCGGGCAUCCUCGAAUAGGAAAAAUCGUAAUCGAAUCGGAUCUGCAAUUGUCAAAAUGAAGAGAAAGAUUAUGAGAAGGCGUGGAGAUCUUAUCAUUCGAAAGGUUUCUACUGAGUACGGAUGUUCAGAGGCCGGUAAAUCUUUUAAAGGUAGCAAUGAGACAAAACUUUUGCAUGAAAGAGGUAUAAAUAUGUUUUAUUCUUUGUGUGAAGCUGUUGGAAAUUAA